CUUAAAUGAACCUUAUUUGGUACUACGUGUCAGGUAGCGAACGGUCCAAAAACCUGACAUCUAAGUCCUAGAAGUUUAUCCAAAAAUGUCUUCUUUAGCAGAAGAACUUCAUCGAAUUCUGCCAAACCCCGUGGUUGACGAUGAGGAAGACGACGAAGAAGUUGAUUAUACGCCCCCGUCAGCUCUCAUCGCGAAAAAGAAACAGAUUCCAGCGUACGGACAACGAAAAGGAUGGAUUCCAAGUAGCUUGGAAGAUUUUGAAGACGGUGGAGCAUUUCCGGAAAUUCAUGUUGCUCAAUACCCACUUGGAAUGGGUCGGAAACAAAAUAGCACCUCCUCAAAGUCACUAGCUUUACAAGUCGAUGCUGAGGGUGCUAUUCAAUACGACGCAAUUGUUAAGCAAGGCUCUCAAUACAAGGACUUGGUACAGGCUUCUUUCCAAGACUUAAUUCCGUUACAAGCUCGUGUUGGUAUGAACGAGAUUGACUUGUCCAAACCUUCUGAAGAAGAAAAAGAACGCAUUGCAGAAAAGACAAAACUAGCUCUGACAAAAAUUGUUUCCGGAAAGUUAGCACAGUCGCGGCCAAAAAAUGUUGCAGUUCAGAAAAAAGAAGAACCCGUUUACAUUCGUUACACGCCCAGUAGUCAAAUGGGCAAUACCUCCGAACCAAAGCAACGCAUAAUCAAACUAGUCGAUGCACAACAGGACCCUCUUGAACCUCCCAAAUUCCGUCACAAAAAAGUUCCACGCGGUCCACCUUCGCCGCCUCCUCCCGUAUUGCAUUCGCCCCCAAGAAAGGUUACUGCAAAGGAGCAGCAAGAAUGGCAGAUUCCUCCUAGUAUUUCCAAUUGGAAAAAUCCUAAAGGAUACACCAUUCCACUCGACAAACGUCUCGCUGCUGAUGGUCGGGGAUCAAAUGAUGUUGAGAUCAGUGAUGGCUUCGCCAAGUUUUCAGAAGCUCUAUAUGUUGCCGAAAGACAGGCUCGUGAAGAAGUACACUAUCGCGCUAUAAUGCGUCAAAAAGUUGCUGAAAAAGAACGUCAAGAGAAGGAGGAACAACUUCGUCUUCUUGCGCAAAAGGCUAGGGAAGAAAGAAUGGGCGUAUUGGACGAGUCUUCACGUUCUAAGCGGUCAGCUUCUCGGAGUAGAAGUGCAUCUCCUUACCGGUCUCGCUCAUCAUCUAUUGAACCUGCAGCCAAUGAGGAAGAGGAUCCUGAGACUCGCGCGGCUGUUGCAGAACGUGAACGACUUCGUCGGGAAAGAAGAAAGGAGGUUGAACGCGAAUUGCGUCUUAAUAGGAUGGGCUCAGAACAUCGUUCUCGACUCGCGGAGCGUGAGCGACACCGCGAUGUUGCUGAGAAUAUGGCUUUGGGUGUUGAUCAACCAAAGAUUUCCCAAGAGGCGAUGAUAGAUACGCGUUUAUUCAACCAAGCUUCGGGCAUUGGCUCGGGUUUUGGAGACGAUGAUUCCUACAAUGUUUAUGAUAAACCAUGGAAAGCUGCGCCCUCUUCUUCCCUAUACCGUCCUGGAGCAACCUUGUCUCGUACUGUAGAUGCUGAUGCUGAAUUGGAACGUUUGGCUGGCGAAAAUCGGUUUAGUGAACUCGGCGAAGUGCAUAAGAAGUUUCGUGGAACAGAAAAUGUCUCACAGACUCGGUCUGGUCCUGUGAUGUUUGAAAAGGACAAGGAUCCCUUUGGCGUUGAUAAUUUUUUGAAGUCUAUGAAGUAACGAGGACUUUGUAUUUGUAUGUUUAAUAUAUGGGAAUAUUUCACAUGAUAUCUAAAGUAGUGUACUAUACGCAUCACGUUUUCUGAAUUGUAGUUGCGAGCAACUCUUAAGUUUAAUGAGGUAGUGAAUUCUGCAAAGCUGAAAAAACAAAUAUAUUAUUUUAACGAAUAUAGUUCAUACAAUGUUUUACAUUAAAUAAAGAAGAG